AUGUCGAUCUCCACAAGCCCCAGUUCCCAAAAUCUAAUGUCCCUUUACAAGAAUUCCGUUUCUUGCUCCAUUCAUACUCGGGAACCCUUCAAAAUUGAGAAAUUCCAGUCUGGUUCUUCCUCCAUUAAACCUGCUUCGAUUUCCUGUGUUAUGACUAGUGAAUCAGCUCAAAUGGAGGUGAAAGAGAACAAAUUGAAGGAUUUUCAGAGACCAGAUUCGUUCGGUCGAUUUGGGAAGUUUGGGGGGAAAUAUGUACCGGAAACCCUGAUGUAUGCUCUGACGGAGCUCGAGUCAGCGUUCCGGUCACUUGCUGGGGAUGAGGAAUUCAAGAAAGAACUAGAUGGACUUUUGAGGGACUAUGUUGGGCGGGAAAGCCCUCUGUACUUUGCGGAGCGGCUCACAGAGCACUAUAAGCGCCCAAAUGGUGAAGGGCCUCACAUAUACCUGAAGAGGGAAGAUCUCAAUCACACAGGGGCCCACAAGAUCAACAAUGCGGUUGCCCAAGCUCUGCUUGCUAAGCGCUUGGGGAAAAAACGCAUAAUUGCUGAGACCGGUGCUGGUCAACAUGGAGUUGCAACAGCUACUGUAUGUGCUAGGUUCGGUUUGCAAUGCGUUAUCUACAUGGGUGCUCUAGACACGGAGAGGCAAGCCCUUAAUGUUUUCAGAAUGCGGCUUCUUGGGGCUGAGGUUAGAGCUGUUCAUUCUGGGACUGCCACACUGAAGGAUGCCACAUCAGAGGCUAUACGGGACUGGGUAACUAAUGUUGAGUCGACUCAUUACAUUCUGGGUUCUGUUGCUGGCCCUCAUCCAUAUCCUAUGAUGGUCAGAGAUUUCCAUGCUGUGAUUGGGAAAGAAACAAGGAAACAGGCUAUGGAGAAAUGGGGUGGCAGGCCGGAUGUACUAGUUGCCUGUGUUGGUGGAGGUUCAAAUGCAAUGGGGCUAUUUCAUGAGUUUGUUGAUGAUGCAGAUGUUAGGUUGAUUGGUGUGGAGGCUGCUGGUUUUGGCAUAGAUAGUGGUAAGCAUGCUGCUACUUUGACAAAAGGGGAGGUAGGGGUGUUGCAUGGAGCUAUGAGCUAUUUAUUGCAGGAUGAUGAUGGACAAAUAGUUGAGCCGCAUUCUAUAAGUGCCGGGUUGGAUUACCCUGGGGUUGGACCAGAGCAUAGUUUUUUGAAAGAUAUUGGGCGUGCUGAAUACUACAGCGUUACUGAUGAAGAGGCACUGGAAGCUUUCCAGAGAUUAUCUCGACUAGAGGGCAUAAUACCAGCUUUGGAGACAUCUCAUGCAUUGGCUUAUUUGGAGAGACUAUGCCCCAUGCUGCCAAAUGGAACCAAGGUCGUGCUGAACUGCAGUGGCAGAGGUGACAAGGACGUUCAAACAGCCAUUAAACACUUGGAGCUCUAGGGAGGUUGUCGCUAUGCACUUCUCUUCGAUUUGAUCCAAAUUUUGUAUCUACUGACAGGAAGGGUUUCCUCCUUGUUACAA